GUCUAUAUAAACACUUUUGGGCUUCUCUGCUUUCUAUUCCUUUCCGAACUCCACAAAAGGAUCGGAACAUGUGCCACUCCAAGAUUAGAUCAUCCGAUGCCGCAUCGCCGGCGAUCGACGGCAGGCAAGUUCUUCAGCCGCCCUCCAACCGCAUCUCUCCUCUGGAAUCUCCCCGCCCGGUCAAGCACACUCUGCAGAAAUCGACUUCUCUCCCCACCUCAUUCGCCAACACUGCAGCCGCCGGAGUCUUUUCCAUUGACCACCCAUCACCGCCGAUACCGUCUACGAAGAUUACGGAAACGUCCCUUCUCAAGCGGAGGGGCGAGCCCAUCGGCCUCGACUCUAGCACCGAGAAGCUCCGCACGCCGAAGGCCUCGACCUGGUCACCUCCGGCGGCGGCGAGGAAGGAGAAGAAGAACAAGAAGCCAGAGAAGGUGAGUGGAGAAAUCCGGUUGGCGGACUUCUCUUCGGGACUGCUGCGCAACAGGGUUGCCGGAAGUGUCGCCGCUGCGCAGAGGGAGCACGCCGCGCUCGUGCAAGCCCAGAGGAAGCUUCGGAUCGCCCACUACGGGAGGACUCCGGCCAAGAUCGAGGAGUUGGCGGGUUCUAUUGAGUGUCCCGGCAUUGCCAUGAGCGCCUCCCAAGAAGAGAAGAAGUGCAGCUUCAUAACACCGAGUUCAGAUCCUGUGUAUGUUGCUUAUCAUGAUGAGGAAUGGGGAGUUCCAGUUCAUGAUGACAGGAUGUUGUUUGAGUUGCUUGUUCUAACAGGAGCUCAAGUGGGGAUGGACUGGACUACUAUACUGAAGAAGAGGAAUGAAUUCAGGGUGGCAUUUGCUGAAUUUGAUGCAGAGUCUGUCUCCAAGUUCACAGAGAAGCAGAUGGUUUCCAUCAGUGUGGAACUGAAGCUGGAUUUAGGAAGAGUUAGAGGAAUUAUUGAAAAUUCUAAGAGAAUUUUAGAGGUCAAGAGAAACUUUGGCUCCUUGGAUAAGUAUCUGUGGGUCUUCGUCAACCACAAGCCCAUCUCAACAAACUACAAGUCCUGCAGAAAAAUCCCAGUCAAGACCUCCAAGUCGGAAUCCAUCAGCAAGGACAUGGUUCGCCGUGGCUUCCGCUUCGUCGGCUCGACAAUUGUUCAUUCCUUCAUGCAGGCUGCUGGCCUGACCAACGACCACACCAUCUCCUGCCCUCGCCACCUCCAUUGCUCUCGUUUUGCCAACUGAUCCAUAAGUAUACUCUAAUUUAGUUGAUCAUAUCUGUCACAUCCUCUAGAUAUAUUUGUGAGGAGAAUGCUAAAGGUUGUGUGUAGAUAGAUAGGCAUAUGGGUGUGUGGUUUGUGGAGUGAUAGGAAUUAAUGCAUGAGCCAAUUGCUUCUUGUGAAGGAGGAGCAUGGCAUGUGAAGGUGGCAAGCAGAUGCAAGUGUAGUUGUUAUAAUGGAUAAUUUCUUUUUUCCAUGUGAUACAUGAUCACUGCAUGCCUCACUAUUCCAUGAUUUCUCAUCCUCCUCUUCAGCAAAACUAGUCCAUGUCUUAACCCUAAAUGUGUUGCUGAAUUAGGACCUUGUAAAAGUUUACAAUUGCAAAUUGAGUAGUGCAUUGAAGAUAGUAGUAGGUCAUACAGUGAUGUGCAUGUGGCUAUGUACUUUGCGUGAGGAAUAGUGUAUAGUGUUUCUUUCAUUCA